CCAAUCGGAGGAGUCAGGACAUUAAAUGGCUACACUGAGGUGUAUGCUGCCCGGAGCGCUUGGCGCGCCUCCCCGGCGGCCCCUCCCCCGGGUAAGAGGCGAAGCGUGGGAACAGGAUGGGGGAGACGGAGCCAGAGGGUGAGCAGCGUCGGCGGUGGGAGCAGAGAGUGCGCUGAGCUGGCACCAGGGGAAUCGCCACCACCCGCUCAGUCGCACAGGCGGGCAGCAGAACCUUCCCUUCCUAUUCCGCCGGUAGCUCAAGAGAGCCGGUAGCAUGAAGCGGGCACACCCGGACUACAGUUCCUCCGAUAGCGAGGAGCUGGAUGAGCCCAUCGAGGUGGAGAAGGAGAGCGGAGACGAGAAUGGAAACUUGAGCUCAGCGCCAGGUUCAAUGUCGCCAACCACCACUUCCCAGAUCCUGGCUAGGAAAAGACGCCGAGGAAUAAUUGAAAAGCGCCGCAGAGAUCGGAUCAACAAUAGCCUAUCGGAGCUGAGGAGGCUGGUGCCUAGUGCUUUUGAAAAGCAGGGAUCAGCCAAACUGGAGAAAGCUGAGAUUCUGCAGAUGACUGUGGAUCACCUGAAAAUGUUGCACACAGCAGGAGGGAAAGGCUAUUUUGAUGCUCAUGCUCUUGCUAUGGACUAUCGAAGUCUAGGUUUCCGAGAGUGUUUGGCUGAAGUGGCCCGCUACCUUAGCAUUAUUGAGGGUCUGGACACGUCUGAUCCUCUUCGUGUCCGCCUUGUGUCUCACCUGAAUAAUUAUGCCUCUCAGCGGGAAGCAGCAAGCAGCUCCCAUACAGGGCUUGGACACAUUCCUUGGGGCAAUGCCUUUGGACAUCAUCCCCACAUCUCUCACCCAUUGCUGCUGCCUCAGAAUGGGCAUACUACUACAAAUGGCGUUGCAACAUCCACAGAAGGCCAUCACCAGAGCAGAAGUGCCGCUUCUCAUGCUGAAUCAUCUUCACUGAGAGCACCCCCUAAUGGAAGCAUUGGACCGGUGCUUCCCGUGGUCACUUCAGCUUCUAAACUGUCUCCUCCCCUGCUGUCCUCCAUGGCUUCUCUGUCUGCAUUCCCCUUUUCUUUUGGUUCGUUCCAUCUGUUGUCCCCUAAUGCUCUCAGUCCAUCUACACCGGCACAGUCGGCCGGCCUUGGCAAGCCUUACAGACCAUGGGGGACUGAGAUUGGUGCAUUUUAAGAAAUAGCAGUUUGUGUUGUAUGUAAAUAUCCAGCUGAGCUGGGGUAUUUUGAACUCCUUUAACAGUUUGAUAUCAAAGGUACAGUUCCAAUUUUAGCAGUUUGUACAAAAAAAGAGUUUCCACCCCAUUUUGUUUUAGCAGAUUUUUUAAAAAAAAGUUGUUAGAUGUUUAUCCAAAUUUUUAAAUCACAAUAGAUGUUAAUUUUUUAAAAAAAAUAGAACUGUGCUGACUCUUUUGUUUGUUGUGUUAGUGGCAUUUCUCAAAUGAUCUAUUACUGGAUCUUUUUUUAAGUAGAAUUUUAUUUUUCAGUAGAGCCUUAACUCACAUUUUGUUUUGUUUUGUGAUACUGAGAUGUUCUUCAAGGAGGAAAUUGUUUGUAAACUAUGUUCUAACUUUUGUAUUUCUGAGCAAAAGCGUUGACAAAUCAGAUGGACCAGCUUUAUUGAACACAUUGGGGCGGGGGGAGAGAACCUUUGGUCCUCUAGAUGUUGUUGGAAUCCAAACUCUCAUUAGUCCCACCCAGCAUGGGCAAUGGUUAUGGAUGAUGGAGCUGUAGUAUAGCAACACUUGGAGGGUCACAGGUUCUCCAUCAGUGAUCUGAGAAGAACAGAACCUUUUUGCUGCAAGUGCAGUGGUUCAAUCUACCUUACGAGUUUAUUCUGCUCUCCAAUAUAUAUUUAUCCCCAUUACAGAAUCCUUAGUCUGUAUAUAGUGCCAAAUUUUGUUGUGCUUUUCUUCUAUUGGGUGAAACACCUGCAACUGUCACUAAAAGGUUACAGGGUAAUGUCCUAAUCCCAAAAACUUUUCCAUGAGAGUUAAGUUCAACUAACUUAAUCUAGAACCAAUCUAUUGCUUUUGAUGGUUUUUUUAAAUGGAAGGGUUUUAUCAGAGUUUGGGGGUAGUUAUUUUGGGAGAGGGUGUCGGAGACCAUCACUUGCCAUGUUGCUGCAUUAUUAGAGUAACUUAAGUUGACAAUGUAUCCAUGUAGGCUUGCCAGGUUUCAGCUAGAGAACAUGGAUUGCAUCUAACCUAAGGUAGUUGCAUUUAGAUCCCAUUGAAAUCAGAGGGACUUCAUUGAGUCAUGAUGACUAAGAGUUGUAUCCAACUAAAUUCUACUCAGAGUAAAUCUGCUGAAAUUAAUGAACCUAAGUUAGUCAUGUUGGCCAUUAAUUUCAGUGGGUCUACUCUGAGUAUGACUAAUGACGUUGACUUCAGUGGGACCCAAGUCCCGCUAAUUUAGGCUGGAUCCAGCACCUCUGUGUGUUUCCCAUUAAAUAGGCUAACAGAGUAGGAGAUGAGGUAGCCCUGGUUGCUCUUACCUGUUCUUUCCCAAGUCCUUUAGUUUGCCUUGCCCUCCCCACUUAGACUGGCCUUGGAAACGGAGUCCUGCUCCUGACUGCACGGGGAAGAUGGCUGGAUGGACAGGAGGCAGAAUGGGUGGGAAAAGCUAUAGCUUCUUGUCUUCAUAUCAGUAAAGCAGAAGAGGGGGAAACCCCACACAUUCUCCAAACUGCAGUCUGGCAAUUGUGCUCUUAGCUAUAAGCACAGAAAUCUGCAAUCUUGUGGUCAUGUGAUUGGAGAUCAUGGCCUCUACUACAGAAUCUAAAAGCACCUGUAAAAACUUGAGCAGCUAAGGGUUGGAUCCCAUGCUGGUCCUACUCAGAGUAGACCUGACAACUUGGGUUCAUUACUUUCAAUGGGUCUACUCUGAGUAGAACUUAGUUGGAUACAAUCCAAUUUUUUAAAAAUAGCAAGUUUCAUCAUUGCAACAAAAGUAUGGAACUGCAUAAGGAGCUCCAACCCAAUACGUAGGAACAAGAAGGCUUUAUAUGGACUUCCAUCAGAUAAGAACUGAAAGUUUUGUUCAGUACGAGUUGUAGUCCCCUCCCAAUGCUCUUAGCUGAUGUUUCUUGAUCUUGUAUUGUUAUUGCUCCAUAAUAUUAUAUGGGUCCCAAAUCUUCCUUUCCAGUUCAUAAGGAACAAAAUGGGAAGGUGCUUAUUCUGCAUUUGAAAAUACAAGCAAAAUUAAGAUAUUGAAUCAUUUACAUUGUAAUUUUCAUAUCUCAGAAUUUGUUAUUUUAGGGCAUAAAGCAGGUGAACACAAGCUAUAAAUAUCCAGAAAAUUGGUUGCUGUAAUGCAUAUACUGUACAUAUGGGUUGGUUUCAUAACAACCUAUCCUCAACAGGUUUGUUCUUUUAAAUGACUACUCUAAAGAGGGUUCCUCCCGAUUGGAUCUGAUCACUUUUGUAUUUGCGUUGUGUCUAAAUAAAAGACUUAAGAACAAAGAAAAUUGAAUG